CGUUUGUGAUGAUCUUUACCUGCUAGUGUAAUAUAAGACGUGCCUAGACGUUAGACAUCAUGGAAAGAAGAACACCUCCUCGAUCGUACACAUACAACAAGAUAUCGCAAUUGAGCUAUGGAAUGAAGAGGGUCAAUGUGAUUGGAGCUGUGCAGCACUUCAGAGCUCCGGCUAAAACACGACGCUCAGACUACUCCUGUGCUAUUGGCAUAGCAGAUGAAAGUUCAAAUCAGUCAAUGACGUGUGUGCUAUUCAAUAAAGAGUUGCAGAAACUGCCUGGAGGGUGCAAAGAUGGCGAUAUUAUAUGUGUGAGACGUUGUGAUUUUUCCGAUAGUUGUCUCACUGGUUCAAGUUUCACGAGCUGGGUCCUAUUUCAAGAUGGCAACAGCAUCCCCGUGACAAGUUCACCUAACUGCACUGUGUCUGCUAUUGAGAGGACCCGGGUGCAUGAGCUAAGAGCAUGGAGAGAGCUGUCCAAUACAUCACAAGACUCUCAACCUCUCACAACCAACCAGCCACCAUCCAUUUCACACCCUGCAGACAAUCCGACAACAAACAUCGUUGAUUCAUCGCAAACGUUCGAUAUAGACUCUCAACAAUUCGCAGCUACAUCAUCAAAUGAUCUCAGGCCCUCGUCAACGAAUCGGAAAACUGUCAAUCUUCCCCAUACAAACUUGGGUUCAUUGGCGGUCGGUCAAGGCAGUGUGGCGGUAUGUGGGAUAGUACAGUACUUCAAACCUGUAACACGCUCAAGAGGAAGUGAUUAUUACAUCACAAUAGGACUAUUGGACGAAACCAGUGCCACAAAUACUGUCAGCUGUACAUUGUUCAAUCCAUCAGAUCAGCAACUAAUCUCCAAUAUUCCUGUAGGCCAAAUUGUCCUUCUGAAAGGUCUCAAGACGUCUAAGUACCAAGGUCGAAUUCAAGCUACUGGCUACAACGGUGCAAUUAUUGGGGUGUUCCGAAACCGCCAAAAUGAGCCUGUUCCAAGAUCCAUCGGCGACUGGUAUUCAUUAUCUAAUCAAGAGAAGGAUAUUAUCGCUCGUCUUAAGACCUGGUCUCAUGAACAAGGCAUGCUCCUGGUCAAUACACAACUUUGUCAAUUCAGUGUUGGUCAUUUCUUCAAUACAGUGUGCAGGGUGGUUGCUGUACACACUUGUAUGAACGAAAAUCGCACAGUACUCGAUAUUUUCGAUGGCACAACACCAAAGUUUCCUUGCGACCAUCUCGAUACAACUCGAGGACGGUGGACUAGUGAUAUUGACCGUCAGCUUGCAGUCAAAUUAAACAGCUCCAUUAUUUGUGAAGUGCAAGUUACUGACUGGAACAGGCAAUUCUCGAUUAAACCUGGACAAUACAUAUCUUUGAGAAAUGUACACGUUGAGCCCAACUGCCAAGAUGGAACUUGCUUGGGAAAAAAUGAUAUCCAGGCCGUUAAACUUACCCUCUCUUCGAAGCAAAACAGCGGCACUAUCACAGUACUUACUGGAAAUGAGUCGGAACUGGUCAACAAAUAUUUGAGUGACUUUCCCGAACCAUGUGGACCCUUCCCCAUCUUUAUGAGGCCUUCUAACACACCCCCUGAUCCGCUGUUUGAAAUUAUCAUUAAUGACAGAAUGAAACAAACAGCUACAGUGCAAGAAGUGCUAAAGUCUCGAUCUGGGAAGUUAUUCGUUGUCGAGGGACAAAUCAUGAGUUUUAGUAAUGGACCAAUCGAGGAGCUCUGUCAAUUACGAUGCUCCAUGUGUAAAACGAGGUAUGUUUCUCCACGGUCGAGUGACCCUCCCCUACCAGCCGAAAUGGUGUGUGUUUUUUGCUCUGAUUCUAAGAACGAUGGUCCUUGUCUUGUGUACAUGUAUGUGUUUGUUAUGCGACUAAAAGAUCGAACAGGCAUCCUGGACAUUUGUGUGACAGCUGAAGAUGGUGAAAUCUUUCUGCAUCAUGUGCGCCCGACAAAUCUUUACGCCCGGCAAAGCUCAAGAGAGGAACUAACUAGGUUGUUGUAUGUGUUGACAGGUGGAAACGAUCCGUUUUACCCCGUACCUACUGAAGUGGACUUAAAGAGACCUCGUGUCAGGUGCUGUGUACGAACAUUUACUUCUAUUGACGGCAAGACAAGAUUCACUCUUAAUGACACUGUUUGUAAAGUUAGUGUUUAGCAAUAAUGUGUGCAUAUAAAUUAUAGUUGUACCUUCAACAUAAUUAUUUUAUUUUCAUUUCUAUAGUUUGAGGUGCUUGUUAUAAGUACCAGCUAUUUACAUUAUUAUGGUAUUGUUGCUCACUUG